CUCUGCCUUCUCCCUGUCCUCCUUUCGGGGAUAAGCAUGAGAGACGAUGAACCAAAAAGAUACUUGUGUGCAUCUGUUUGCAGGAGGAUGUGGGGGCACUGUAGGUGCUAUUCUGACAUGUCCCCUAGAAGUUGUGAAAACGCGAUUGCAGUCUUCCUCUGUUACCCUGUAUAUCUCUGCAGUUCAUCUGAAUACUUUGAAUGGUGCCAGUGUUAACCGUGUAACUAGAGUUUCUCCAGGGCCUCUCCAUUGUUUAAAGAUGAUCUUACAAAAGGAGGGUCCUCGCUCACUGUUUCGAGGAUUAGGCCCUAAUUUGGUAGGCGUGGCUCCAUCCAGAGCAAUAUAUUUUGCCGCCUACUCCAAUUGCAAGGAAGUACUGAAUAAUAUUUUUGAGCCAGACUCUACCAAAGUACACAUGACCUCAGCAGGAGCGGCAGGUUUUACUGCAAUCACAGCAACCAAUCCAAUUUGGCUAAUAAAGACACGGUUACAACUCGACGCAAGGAAUCGUGGGGAAAAGAGGAUGAGUGCUUUCGAAUGUGUACGCAAAGUCUAUCGGUCAGAUGGAAUUAAAGGGUUUUACAGAGGAAUGUCUGCAUCCUAUGCAGGCAUAUCAGAAACUGUUAUUCACUUUGUUAUUUAUGAGAGUAUUAAACGAAGGCUGUUGGAAUACAAGUCUGCUUCUGCUAUGGAUGAGGAGGAUGAAUCGGUGAAAGAAGCAUCUGACUUUGUUGGCAUGAUGAUGGCUGCAGCUACUUCCAAAACCUGUGCCACUUCUAUAGCUUAUCCACAUGAGGUUGUACGAACAAGGCUACGAGAAGAAGGAACAAAAUACAGAUCUUUCUUCCAAACGCUGUCUUUGCUUGUGCGAGAAGAAGGCUAUGGCUCUUUAUAUCGUGGUCUAACAACACAUUUGAUCAGACAGAUUCCAAACACAGCUAUAAUGAUGUCUACCUAUGAAGUGGUAGUCUACUUGCUCAAUGGAUAGCAAUGCUACCAGCUAUCUCUAGGACAGAGGAAGACCAAAAGCUUGCAGUGGACCAUGUACUCUUAGAAUGGUAGAUAGGAGAAAAACCUAUCAAGAAUAAGCAGCUGUGGACAACGUGGAAAGCUGAUGGUAGGCAAUCAUGCUUACUCAUGCUGCCUUAUCAUAUGGUAUCUUUGGCAAUGUGAUAAUCAGGAGCUGCUCCCAAGGGAAUGCCUUCAAACACCUCGUAUUUCAACAUUUUCUCCAAUUGUGUCAACUUUCCUAAUGCAGUGCAGUGGGGCAUCAGGGACAUUUUUGUGAGUAUAGAGGGUCAUAACGUGUGUUCCUUUUGGAAGGCAUACAACACUUUCCAACUCUUGUCUGUUGGUGGUUCUGGAAUCAUUGUGUGUGUGUUACUGCACAGAAGCCAGUUUCAAGGGUAUGCUUUUGUCAGUUUUGAAGCAGGUUCGUAGAUCACUCAUAUGUGAAACUCAAUUUUGCAAUUAAAAAUAAAAUGAAAGAUUCACAUUAAGCUGCCCGUGUUACUAUCUCAGGGGGUCUGGCAGGGAGACAUGAGUUUCUCAGUAAAAAAAUAAAAGUGGCCUUUAUUUGCACAGAUGGGGGGGGCAAAUAGAAAAAGAUGUGUUUUGUUUUCUUUGGUUUUCAGUGAAGUUCCACUUUCAAUAAUAUUGGACUCUGAGAUUCCUAGUGCUGCAGGGGCACAUUGUUUUAAUUGCCCUGAGCAUUCCCUCCCUGUGGAAACACAGCCUUAAGAAGAUCCACAUGAAAUUGAAACUGAUCACGUCUCUUCCUCUCUUGGGCUGCAUACAGUUGUGCUUGUAAAUCCCAUUGAUUUCAAUGGAACUUAAACACCUCUGUGUUAUGGAUUAUAGCCUUGUUGAGUAAGGCAACUAUAUCUACUAGCAAACUGAAUACUAGCCUUUUCUGGUGUGUUGAAAGGCCUGGAGUGCCUCUUCAAAUCCCUGAGAACCAACCAACAAUAUGUACCUUAAGUGUUCAACCAUUCAGCAUUACACUAGCUCUGAACAAGCUUUAUUGAAGGCUUGUUCCUGCACUACUUUAAUGUAAAACUGCAGUAACUAGAGUACCAAAAUGCUACUGGAUUUCGAGAAUGGAUUGAGUUCAUUUUUUGCUCAUGUUAAAAUCAAGAGCGUCUGUGGUGGCUUUGAUAUAAAUCAGAUAAGGAAAAUGGUAGCUGAAUACCUUGGGGAUAAAGCAUUCCCUUAUGCUUUGUUCUUUGUUUCAUCCUGAAGUAUUUUGCAAAAGACUGUAUAAGUGGAACCUUCUGACAUUUUGUAAUGUUUUACUUUUGAAAGUAGAUUUUAACUCUUCUGUAAUGUACUCUACUACAUUGAAAAGCAGGUGUUGCUUACUCAUACUAGCUACAUUUGUAUUUCCCCUCCCAUGGAAAAUAACCCAUUCAAAAUAACCGUAGUUUUUCGUCAAAAAGACAUAAAUCACACCUUUUGACAUCUGAUCUGCAGCUACAGCUGCUUUAAACAAUGAGGCGGUAGCUUUUUAAAUGACUAUUACUUAACUAAGUAUAACCAAGAGGGAGAAAGUUAGUGAAUUUGUAAGUGUGCAUUUGUGCAGUGACUUCAUCCUAAAAAAUGUAAAUCUCUGGCACUUUAUUGGCUUGUAACUUUUUCCUUUCUUUUUCAAUUUUACCUUUCAGUGUGCAGCCUUGCUGAGAUAAAGACCUUUUAAGCCCCUUAAGCCUGUGCUCAGUUCCCACACACAGAACUUAAUUCUUGCAUGUUUUGCCCAUUGUCUUUGGAAACCUCAUUCAGCUCACACAAAGCUCCUAAUAGCGUCCCCUGUGAGUUGUGCAGGUGCUGGUAUAACAUGGGCUAAAGAUGCAAACUGUUUUCAGAUAGGGCUGGAACCAUUCAAUAUGUAAGCUUUUGGAAGAACUAUUGGGUGGCUUUUCUUUUCGUAUCCAAUGUGUCCUUCAUCCUUUGGCAGGAAAAAUUCUUUGUAAGGCUUGGAAUGCUUAUUAUGAAGGGUAAUGAUGAAUACUAAAGACUAUUCCUUGUUAGGGCCACCUGAGGUAGAGUGAACACUCUUAGAUCUUUUCAAGCAGGCAAGGAAGCAGUGAAAACUUUUUUCUAAUGUUGUAGGUGAUGGCCUGUCAUUCAAAACUUUAUGGUGAACUUGACAAUGCUUUCAUGUUAAUUCAAGUAUGAAUAUGAAACUUACUUUAAAGUGCUUUCUUCCCAUUUGUUCUCUAUUAUAAGCUAGUUCUUUCCUCCUUUUAAAUAUUGGUGACAGAGACUUUAUUACUGGUACAAAUGGGUUAAAAACGUCAGAUGUCUAUUAUAAGAACUUCAAAGUAAAUUGUGUGAUGUUUUUUCAUUACACAAGCAAAAUUACUUCUGCUUCUGCAUGGAAGUCCAUUUUUAAAAUUACUGAUGGCCUACUCAAGAGUUCAUUCAGACAGCCAAGGCUUUUCCAUUGCACAGUCACUUAGAAGACAACACACAGCAGGAUUUUUGUGAAAACAGAUUGUCGGAAGUGAAGGUGUAGUGUAGGUACCCCUUUUUAUGAAUUUCAAAAUGUUGUAUCCCCAGAAGUGAUGGCUUCUGUGUCCGUUACGUUAGAGUAGGGUUCAAAGCACCCCCAAGGGAGGGAGGAAAGCCAACACAUUGAAGUGACUCCAUCUUCUCCCUCCUGCUGUAUUUCACUGACAACUCCCCCCCCCCCCAAAACUGGAGGUAUUGUGAUAGAUGCAAAGUCAUCCUCAGCACGUAGAAUGGCAUUGCUUGCACAAGCUAAGAAUGGUUUUUGUUGAUUUUCCCCAUGUCACAUCUCAACACAGUUCUAUAGAGUUCCCUAACUCCCAUUCAAUAAGUGGUGUUUCAGAGAGCAUAGUGGGAUACAGGAAAGAGAUUGGUUCAGUGGUUGGUCUCAUGAUCCUUUUGCCCAGUGUUGAUCAGGCUCUGGCUUCCAGGAGGGAAAGGUAUGCAAAUUUGUACGUUACUCUACUGCCCCCACUUCAUUUCACUUGGACUAUCAUUCUAAAUGUAGCUGAACUAGAAGUCUUGGAAAACUUACUCUACUUACAUAAUUCAGGGGAGAUGCAACCAGAAUUACGUAUCGUGUAUUUUGGUUCAGCUGCCUGCCUUUGAACCUGAAAACCUUGGAGUGUCUGUAACCUCGUAUAUUUUCCACCUGUAACAGCUGGAGGUAGAAAUACGUUCUCUUUCUUACCUUUGAGCAUAACUUUUCAGUCUUCAUAUCUGGUUCUUAUUUUUCAUGGGAUGAUUAUUUUUAUGUAAUAAUUAUUUAAUCAGUUAUAUGUUUUGAAAAAUCUUUGGAUACCUCUGAAACAUUUUCCAAAGAAACUGUGUGUAGCUUUCCUUGCAUAUGAACAGUUUAAUGUUUUAAAUGAUUAAAGGUGGAGAGGAUCUUAAAUGAACAUCAUAAAAGAAUGUGUUUCUGCUUUCAGCUGUGAUUUCCAUAUAUUCCUAAAUAAAGUAUGUUCAUAGCACAGCUCCUUGAAAAAAAAGCAGCAUUUGGGAACUAUUUUGCACACCCAGCUUAUGCACUGUAAUUGGAACCCUGUUGUCAUAUACUUGAAGCAGUAUAUGAACUGUAAGCUUAACCAGAAGGUGGCGCCAUAACACCUGCCUCAGUAUGAAACAGCUACAGCUUUAGUAUAUCUGUUAUGUCAGAUUGUUCCUUUGAAGUGUUGGAUAUUUGAAAAUAUUGAUUUAGUGCCACUUACUUCAUGAGAACAAGCCAUAGUAGGUUCUCUCCUUAAUGAGUAAACCUCUACUUUCUAAAAUUGAGUUCCGGUGCAUAACCAAGGAAUAAACUAAUUGCACAAUUGAGACUGAAAUUUCUGCAUCAGAGUCCACUGUGAAUGUAUUAGCAAGCUUUGCUGUAGAAUACAUACUUGUGACCUACGAAAGGUUUUUAGUUUUAAACAGUGGCAAACACACACUGCUGCAUUUUGUCAGGACAGAGCACCAGUUUUGAAUACCAUAUAUGAAGCAGGUGUUUUCGUAAUAAAAGUCUUUCUUACCUAGAAUUAUAAUCAAAGGCUCGGAUCCAAAAAGCUGCUUGAGACAUGCCCAAUUGAUUUUUGUUCUUUCUUUGAAAAAGCAGACUCUGUAACCAUAACCCAGGCUAUUUUGAAACUCUCCAUACUGUGAAAAGUGGUUUGCCAUGUGGGGUGAGUGAGACUUCUGUGUGACAAACAAGCCUAAAACAUUCUUGGGCAUGUGGAACUAGUAUGGUUUUCUAAAUCCCAGUCUCACUGCUGGUGUUUUCUGUUUAUGCUCAGAUACACUCCAUGAAUUUCUUUGAAUUUAUGUUGACUGGCUUUUAUUUCUAUUAUUUCUGUUGGUUUUUACAUUUCCGACUGAUAGUUUCGUUCCUUUUGAUAGUAUUUUUUAAAAAAUGAUUGAUACCAAGUCAGAGAUUUCCUCUGUUGUCAAGUGUGGUUUUUUUGUUUAAUCCUUGAAACAAGCAGAACGCUGAUGUCUGUCUAUACAAAUGUAGUAUUUAAAAAUCAAAAACAAAUACUUUUCCAGUGCUCUGACCUGAUGUUCUGCACUAUUUUAAUUUUACUUCAAGCGUCUACAUACCCUGCAUAUGUGAACAUAAUUUGAUGCCCUGAGGAGUCAUAGUUAUUCGCCAAGUCCAAUGUGUUACUGCUCUUGUGAGGUUUGCUGCUGUUUUUGCAUACUAUAUGGUUGGCUGUAAAGCAAUGUAAACUUUUGUAUUUAUAUUAUAUUGGCAACUUUUGUUCAGACUGCUCAGAAUUUCAAAAUAAAAUGUGCUUAUUUGAAUCCA